AUGGGUGUCCCGUCGUUCCAGGCGUCCAACGCCAUUAUCUAUCUUACCUACGGCGCCUUCCUAAUCUGCGGUGUCUUUGUGGCAUGGAAGCUCCGCCACCAGUCCAAAUCGGACUAUCUGUCCAGUAACAGGACUCAGAAGGCGAUACCACUCGCCCUGAACUUCAUAGCUUCGGCUCUCGGUUCUGGAAUCUUGUUCACGUAUCCUGAGAUCGCUACCAUUGCCGGCGUGCACGGUCUCGUCGUGUACGCGCUGUCUUCGGGCCUGCCGCUCCUGAUAUUCGGCUACCUGGGUCCCAUCAUCAGGCGCAAGUGCCCGGAAGGCUUCGUGCUGACCGAGUGGACGAGGCAGCGCUAUGGCAUAGUAGCAGCUCUGUUCCUCAGCUUGAUGACGCUCAUUACGCUUUUCCUGUACAUGGUUGCAGAGCUAUCUGCGCUCCAACAAAUCAUCACUCUUCUGACUGGUCUUGAUGGUCUCCCUGCCACGAUCGUCCAGUGCGUGGUCACUACGAUCUACACCUCCCUCGGCGGAUUCAAAGUGUCGUUCGUAACGGAUAAUAUCCAAGGCGUCAUGGUGCUUGGAUUGAUCAUAAUCGGCGUCAUUACCGUAGGCGUUGAGACAAACGUUGACCGCUCGCUGAUUGACUCGUCUGGCUACCUCAACGCCAACCUGUUGGGCUGGCAGCUUAUCUACAUCCUUCCGGUUGCAAUUUUGACCAACGACCUAUUUUUGAGCGGCUUUUGGCUUCGCACCUUCGCCUCGCGCAGCGACCGGGACCUGCGCAUUGCCGUGACCAUAGCGGCCGUCACUGUUACCAUCAUCCUCACUCUCGUCGGCUGCAGCGGUCUGCUGGCAACAUGGUCAGGCGCGUGGCCCGGCGACCCACCGCAGGAGGGCUCCGUCGCCUUCUUCAGCCUCCUCUCGCUGCUGCCAGCAUGGGUAGUCGGCAUCAUCCUGGUCAUGGUCGUGGCCCUGUCCACAGCCGCCUUCGACUCGUUCCAAUCCGCCAUGGUGUCCACGGGCUCCAACGACCUGUUCCGCAACCGGCUGCCGCUGUGGUGGAUCCGCGUGCUCGUCGUGCUGGCCAUCAUCCCGGUCAUCGUCGUCGCGCUGCGCUCGCCCUCAGUCCUCCAAGUCUACCUCAUCUCGGACCUCGUCUCGGCCUCGCUCGUGCCCGUCCUCGUCAUCGGGCUCAGCGAGCGCUGCUGGUGGUGGUCCGGCGCCGAGGUCGUCGUCGGCGGCCUCGGCGGCAUCUUCUCCGUCUUCCUGUUCGGCUGCGUCUACUACCACGGCGACGCCCGCCAGGCCGCCAACCUCAUCCUGCUCGAGAACGGCCUCUACGGCGACGACUGGAGCGCCUUUGGCGCCUUCGUCGCCGCGCCCUUUGGCGGCCUGCUGUGGGCUGCCGCUUGCUGGUGCGUGAGGAUGGGCGCCCUGUGGAUUCUCGCCAGGGUCAAGGGAGAGAGGUUCACCGCCCUGGACCGGCCCCUGCCUGCUCCGGAGAAUGCUGGCGAUGAUGCUAGGAGCCUGGGCGUUGCUGCUGCCGGUAAUACGCAAGGAUAUGGCAGCGUGAGCCGUGUUGUUGAGGAGCCUGGGAAGGAUGGGAAGUUCGUUUAA